AUGACUGCUAAUAAAUUGACCCUGUUCGGCAGUCCCUGGUCAUCACCCACUUGGAUAAAGCACGAGGGGCCAUAUAGUCCGUUGAAUGGCGGUCCUCUAAUUGGUCAGCCGGGACAACAGUACUUUGAGACCUGGGCCAAUUAUUUUAUUUCUGGUCGCAUACAAAUCCAAUUGAAUCGACUUAUGGGGGCUGACCGUCCAAAAUGA